AUGAGCAAAGCUGCUCAGCUGGCUGCGCUCAAUGCCGCGGCUACUGCAGGGGACGUCGCCGCAGCCAGGCGAUGCUUCGAUUCGUUGCAGCCCAGGGAUCGAGCCAGGACAGUCGCUUGGAACACCAUGCUGAAGGCGCAUGCCGUCGCUGGUGACCUGAACGGAGCUACAGAGCAUUUUCGUGAAAUGCUGGGGCAGCGUGUUUGCAUCAACGGCCGAACUUUCGGAAAGCUCAUCAGGGCAGCUGCGGAGGCCGCGGAGCCGGAGCAAGGGGCAUGGUUCCUCCAGCAGCAGUGUGCGUCAGGCCUCGAGGUGGAUAUGGUGACGUACACCACAAUAGCGGAUGCUUUCUCAAAGGCUGGCAGGCCUGAUGAAGCCGAGGCUUUUCUCUUGCGUGCCAAUGCACGGGGCCUUGCGCUUGAUUCCGUCGCUAUGGGGGCGUUGAGCGCCGGCUUCGCGAAGCUUGGCCAAGCAGAGAAGGCACAGCACUGGUUAGAGGAGAUGGUCCGACAAGGCCUGGAGCCCAGCCCCGAAAGCAUCGGGGCGGUCGCGGCAGCUUGGGCCCAGAGAGGCAAGCCUCUGCAAGCCGAAAUGUGGCUUCGCGAGAUGCGCGAGCGUCAACUUGAGCCCUCACCGUCAAUGAUAACAUCGCUGGUCCAUGGCUGCUCAAAAAGUGGGCAACCAAAGGCCGGUGCAGCCUUCGUGGAGCAGCUGCAGAAAGAAGGUACCACUCCAACCGUGGAGGUUUACAAUGCAAUGCUGAGUGGCUGUGCCCGACUGGGCAAAACCACACAGGCCGAAGCAAAGUUCCGAGAGAUGUUGGAUGCAAGCCUGCAGCCCGACGUCAUCACUUUCAACUCCAUGAUCGAUGCUUAUGCAAAACAUGGAGAUCUGGCUGCGGCAGAGAGGCUGCUGCAACAAAUGAAUGCCGCAGGCAUAUCGCCCGACACCAUCACGUUUACCUCGCUCAUCAAAUGUUGUGCCAAGCUGGGCGAUGUGUCAGGCGCUUCCAAGUGGCUAUCAGAGAUGCAGCGGCGUGGUCUUGAUGCCGACGUGGUCACCUACACGGCAAUUAUCCAUGCCUGUGCCAAAAAAGGGAAGGUUGAGGAGGCGACGCAGUGGAUGGAGCACAUGCAGAGUUCUGGCCUCCAGGCGGACUGCGUAGCCUGGGCAGCACUGAUCAAUGCAUAUGCAAAGAGAAGCGAUGCCGAUGGGGCGCUGGCUUUGCUUCGUGAGUUGGCCGCUCAAGCUUCGGAGCCAAAUGUGGUUGCCUAUUCUGCGGUUUUGAAGGCCUUCGCCCGCACAGCUCAAGCUGAUCGUGUUGGGUCGCUGCUGCAGGAAAUGCAGGGCUUAGCCGUGACUCCGAACCUCAUCACCUGGACCUCAGCCAUCGAGGCGUGUGCGAAGAGCCAGCCGAGGCGCCGCGAGGAGGCAGAGGAUCUUCUGCGCCAAGCGAUCAGAUCUGGGCUGAAGCCUGAUGCAAAGCUCAUCCGCACUAUGAUGCGUGCUGUCGGUGCACCUCGCUGCAUGAGCCUGUGCCGUGAGUUGGGCGCACCUCGGCUAACCGCAGCCCCCUGUGCACCCCAUGCCGUUGCGUUCCAGUUGUGUGCAUUUGUGUGCCAGUUUGUGAUCUUGCGUUGCCUCCUGGAGGCCACCGAAGCGGCAAUGGACGUUUUUGCAUCGCGCAGCAAGUUGAACAAAUUGUGCUGGGAGAAUGUCCGGCUGACAACGGACGGCCUGGUGCGGGUGGAGGUUCAAAGUGCAGACCGACUGCAGCAAAUUGUCACACUACUGAUUCGUAAAGUGCUGGCAGAGCCUUACUUCAGCGAUCUGUACGCAGAGCUGGUCAGUGGGCUUUGGAACAAAUACCAGGUCUUCCCGGCGGAAGGUGACAUGAAGCCUCACAGUUUUGCUCGAAUUUUUCUGAACACUGUCCAGGCCGAGUUUGAAGAUUUGUUGGCAAAGCUGGAGUCUGGUCAAACAGGUCGCUCCACACACACCGCUGAGUUGAAGCUGGGGGUUGAGACGAAAAGGACAAGUGAGAUGCUGCGGGCUCUCAUGAUGUUCAUGGGGCAUCUGUUUUUGAAGCAGCUACUGGCAUUAAGAGUUCUGGAUCACGUUGUUGAAGAGCUUAUUGGCCUGGACGAUGCAGCGCGGCCCUGGCCGGAAGAGUAUCGGAUUGAAUGCGUUUGCGAACUGUUUCGCAUUGUCGGUUGCAAGCUGGAUGAGACCGCACGUGGGAUGGAGAUGUUUAGCACUCUUGCUCGGAGGUUGCGUGAGAUUAACACCAAGUACCAAAGCCUGGCAAAACCAGUUUGCAGCAAGCGAAUCGAUUUUAUCAUUGACAGCCUCUUGCGGAUGCGUGAGAAUUCUUGA